GAAGGCCGGAAAGGGGCCGCCGGGGGCAGAAGAUGGCGGCGCAGGGGAAGGCCCGGGUGGGCCGCGGCGGGGAGGAGGAGGAGGAAGAACGGGGGUCGGGCCGUUCGGGGCCCGAGCUGCUGCUGCUGCACCCGGAGCUGCUCUCGGAGGAGUUCCUGCUGCUCACCCUGGAGCAGAAGAAUAUACUAGUUGAAAAAGACGUGAAGAUGGGCAAAGAUGGUCUCACUGAUCUCUAUAUUCAACAUGCCAUUCCCCUGCCUCAGCGUGACUUACCAAAAAGUAGAUGGGGGAAAAUGAUGGAGAAGAAACGACAGCAAAAUGAAUUGAAAAGUGAGAAUAAAAGUGUUGCAACGGUGGAAGGUUUAAGGAAACGGCCAUUAAUUGUAUUUGAUGGCAGUUCAACAAGUACAAGCAUAAAGGUGAAGAAGACUGAGAAUGGAGCUGCUGAUCGCCUAAAACCUCCUCCAGCUGGAAGCACCACCAACACUGUUAGGAGAUUAUCAGUUCCUUCAAAUGCCUCAACAUACAUUUCAGCCUCCAGUUUAUCAGAGGACACUAAGCUGGGAAUGAGAAGUAAUGAGGCUAAGCAGAACAAUAUUUCAAAGACUAACAGCAGUGUGCUGGCUAGUCUGAAGGUGUACCCUUUGUCUCCAGUAGCAGGAACUACUGUUGUGAAGUUAAAGAGAGCUGUUCCAAAAGAAGACUCUGAUUUGCCGAAUGACCUAAAGCCUACGGAAGCAAAGAAGAAAAUCCAGCAUGUUACAUGGCCAUGAAGUAGCUAAUGGUGCUUGAAACAUAAAUGUUACUUCCAUAUUUUCAAACAGAUAAGUCAUAUUUAAACAGUUUAAGUACCAUUCUUUUUACACCCUACAGGGAUUCAGAUUGCUGUGAAGUUUUAACAAGUUUAAAAGUUCCCUGUUGUAAAGCUGGAGUCAUUAUCACCAGUCACCUUAAGAGUGUCUACUCUUGUACACCAGGUAGUUCAUUACUUCUUUAAAAGAUGGUAAUAUUACAAUAUACUAAAUGCCCCCACUUUUAGUUUUCAAGAUUAUUAUAGUUCAUCUCCUGCAUGUCACUACAAUUCAUGCAUAUACAUUUUUUUUUUUUUGUUUCGUUUCAGGAAGAUUCAGUUUUGUUCCACUUCUGGUUAAAUAGUUAAAAUAGCUAUUGAGAUUCAGAGUCAUCCCAAGAGCCUUCUUGGCUUUAGGAAGAUAAUUAAUUUAGAUGAGAAAACUGACCAUUCUGCUAAUAAGAUAGUCUGAGACAUUUUUUUUGUUCCUUUUUGUUGCACGGGAGUGUAGAAUUUACAGUGCGAGUAAGGUUGGGUGAUAAGAGAUGAACUAUUUUAACAGCAUUACUUCAAAUUGAAGUUUCUCUUACUGACAUAUGCAGUAAGAAAUGCACAGACAGAAGUAUGCUAUUAUACUGUUUGAUAUGAAUCUUUGAGAAGAAGUAGUGAAUGGAUUAGUGCCAUGUUCUCUUAAAUACACAGGCAUAUUUUAUACAUGCAUAAGUGUAAAAAUGUGCUGAUGUAGCAAAUUUGCUUGUUUUCCUGGUUACAAUUAUGUGGAAAACCUGUGGAAUGCAGGCCAGUGCUUUCUGAACUAACAGUUGGAGAGGGACAGGGAUAGGAAGACAAAGUACCUUGAGAGCAUUAGUGUAUGUAGCUGCACUCUAAAAAAAAAAAAAAAAAGAAAAACCAAAAUAAUAAUUAAAACAAACAGACAAACAAACAAAAAGCCUCCAAAACCAAAAAGAAAACAAAACGAACACACCCCCAGAAAACCCUCCAACAACCUGUUUGCCUUUGAUAAUUUAAGAUGGAUGUUAGUUUUCUGUGAAACUUGGUGUUUUAUCUGGGUUAUUGGUAGUGCCUUAUAGGGCAGAAAUCCAGUUAAGUUGAUGGAAACUUUUUUGGUAAAUCUCUGUGGCUCAGGGUGAAGCCAGUUUAAAUCCAUUUUAGAUAUGGAUGGUGAACAAUAACGCUUUCAGACUUAGUAAACAAAAAAGAAUCAGCUUCUGAAUCCACUUAGUUAACUCACUAAAAGAAGCUGUCAGUAGUGAUCUGAAAGCUUGUUUACAUUGUUAACAUUGGUUAAUAUUGAAACCAAAAACUGUAGCUUAAUUCAUUACUGACAGAAAUUCUCCAUUCACUGUUACGACAUAAGGCACUUCUCAAAUGCUGUAAAAUGGUAAGAAUGUGUGUUUUGAAAUAUUGUGUGCUGUUUCCCUUUUACUAAACACUUGUGCAGUUUUUGUACUUAAGUACAGCAAACUUUAAUGUAAUGUACAUUUUGUAUGUAAAGAGUUGUCUUUUAAGUAGCUUUAUCCUAUUUAAAUAAACUCAAUUAAAAGCAAACAAAAUACCGCUGACUUGGUUUUGUGAUGUAAUCAAGCUUGUUCAUUUUACAUGGUUGUAUUUCAGUGGACUUGAAGUAAUUGGAACUUAAGAAGAAGCUUACAAGGUAAAAGGCUCAGUAGCUACUUCGGAGUUUUAGUAGCGGUUAGUGUCCUGUAAAGCGCUGGUCCUUGCACUAGUGUCAUAAUCUGGUAAGAGUUCUGUUUUGUGGGUGGCUUCUUGGCAGUGGUUUAGAGUCUAGGCUGUAUUUUGUUGUAGUUCCAGUUGCUAGGAGCACACGUGUGUUGGUAUGUGUUAAGGAGUGAUACGCAGAACUGGACUGGACUAAUAGCAUGAUGCUUCUGUUGCGUGGUAACAGGCUUGUUUUCAGGCCGGUAUGCUUCCCAGCCUUGUCGUGUUUCACUUGCCUUUCCCCAAAGCUGGCACCGUUUUGCUGUCUGUUGUAGCACUUGGCUUGGGGGGGCGGGUGGAGAAGGGGCAAGGUGCAAGCCAUGCUGCUUUUACUACCUUCUACUACCCCCUUAGCUAAUAGGAAUCCUUCUUUUCUCAGCAAAGCACUCUAACAGAGCUGCAGUAUGCUGGGGGCUUGCCAGACCCCAGAGGAGAGAGUAAGUGAGGUGCUUGCCCUCAGCUGGGAGGUGUGGAUUUAGGAAGGAUUUUAAUGGUUAUUCUUCACUACAACCUUCAUCAUAGAAUGAAGUCACCAAAGGAUAGAAUUUAUUCAUUCAGUGAGAUCAGAUUAGCACAGCGUGCACUUCAAAAAUGUCAGCCAGCCAAGUUCUUUAAAUGGCGUACAGUAAGCCAAAUCUGAUCUGCGGCAUCUGUUUAGCUUCUGGAAUUGAUGAGAGGAAUGACCAGUGAGCACUUUACACUUGGUAUAAAAAGAAACAAAUUCAGGAGGGGUGACAGGAAGUAGGAGCAAGCUUUCCCUAUCCCACUUACACAUCUGAAGAUUCCUGUUGGAAGUGUGACAUAUUACUUUCCUCCUUUUGCUGGAUACAAAUUAAUUCCACCUGGAAGGUGUACCAGGAUCGUACAGUGCAUAACAUGGCCAUAUUUUUUGAAGUUUGCUUUGGGAAGAGAGUUAUCUUGCUUUGGAUUGUUUCCUCUCGAUUUUAUUGUCCUGCCAGCGUGCUGUUGCUGACAGCUGCCUUUGCAGGAAACAUAUAGCAGAAAUGAUGCUAGAGCUAAUGGUAUUGUGUAUUGCAAUACAGAACAAACUUAAAGCAUGCCCUAGUAUGGAAGUUAAACUUCGGGACUUUUGCAAAGAUAAAUGUCUUCUGAGUUGUCUUGACCCUCCUUGCUUGCUGAGAACAAUAAUAUUUUGAUUUUGAAUUUAGAGCCUGUGAACACAUUUUUAUCAGCCUGCAGUCCGUUCAGUAUUUUCACACAGUUGUUCAGUUCUACUGAUCAUUUUCACACUGAUUCCAGUUAGUAGGAGACUCUGUUGUAUCAGCAGGGCCCGUCUGAGGAUUGUCUAAACUCCACAGUUUGGUAACGAUUGGGUGCAAAAACGGUCGUGUUUGUAUGGCUCUUAUGUUGUUUCCUCAGACUGUGAAAGCAUUUUAUUUGUAAAUAUCGAAUAUGUACACACAAUUAAACCACAGUCACAAUUUUGUUUUAAAUGAUUUUAUUUUGAAAAAUACAAUGUGCAGUGUAAUGUCGACUAACUGUAAUACUGGCACUGUCAAUCUGAACUUGUACUUCACACAAUGAUCAGCUAGUCAUGCAAUAAAAUAUGUACUUGUUAUGAAGCA